AUGAAUCCGAAUCUUAUGGCACUGACAAGGGUCUUGUUUGGGACUCUUCUGCUUGCUUCAACUAGCUUGGGAGCUCCAGAGAUACGCAACUUGCGCGCCAGAGAUCUUGCCGACGCAGCAGCUUCAACCUGCAACGGCCGCGCAGAGUACUGCGACCGCUCCUAUUCAAAUGUCACCUUUGUAGGCUCGCACGACUCUGCCUUUGUUGGGAAACUUCCCCAGCAGAACCAGAACAUCGAUAUUAAAGCUCAACUCGACAUGGGUGUGCGGUUUCUACAGGCACAGACGCACCAUUCCAUCCUGGAUGACAAAGUCCUAGAGCUAUGCCAUACUUCGUGUUUUCUGGAAGAUGCAGGAACACUAGAGUCAUUUUUGGGUACUGUUAAGGACUGGCUCGAUUCAAACACAAAUGAAGUCGUCACCCUUCUACUCACGAACGGGGACUCGGUGGAAAUCACAGAGUUUGAAGAUACAUUCUCCAGCAGUGGAAUCACUGACUACGCAUUUGUCCCGUCUUCAAAUCCGGAUACAUUAGGUAUCGAUAAAUGGCCUACAAUCGGAGAGCUUAUCUCAAGUGGGAAGAGAUUAGUCGUUUUUCUAGAUUACGGCGCCGAUGCGAAAAAAGUGGACUACAUCCUUGACGAGUUCGCCUAUUAUUUCGAAACAGCCUACGACGUGACCGACUCGUCCUUCUCAAGCUGUGCCAUCGACCGACCCUCCGGCGCCUCUGCAUCCGGCCGCAUGUACAUCGUGAAUCACUUUUUAGACGUGGACAUCUUCGGCGUGAAGAUCCCAGAUCGCGUACAUGCGGGAGAGACUAACGCAGCCACGGGCGAUGGUAGUAUCGGGGCGCAGGCUAGUUUAUGCGAAGGGCUCUAUGACCGCGCGCCAAAUGCAAUAUUGCUGGACUUUCUGGAUAAGGGGGAUGCGAUCAAUGCGCAGAAUAAUUUGAAUGGCUUUUGA